UGACAGUCAGAAAAUGGGCGAUUCAACUAACGCAAUAUGUAGUCUUUUUCGCUGUAGGCAGCUGGAAAUUUCGUUGAUGACACCAGGAAACACGUAUAUUCUAAUCCUGGUUAACAUGUUGCUUGCAUUACACCACCAUGGAAACUCAGGCGAAUGUUCAUUGCAUGUCUAUUGCUUAUAUAAGAAAAUUUUUGAUACAAGUCUAUACAGAGCAAUGUUUGAGAUUGCAGAGGAAUUUAAUUGUUUGUGAAAAGCUCAACAAAUGGCUUCAGUUCAUUUUGUUGACAAUAUUGAGAUUGAAGAGGAUUCCGCAUGUGUUAUUACUGGAGAUUCUCAAUUUUAUGUGGGGUUGGAGAAAUGUACUGGGCAUUUGAAGGGACUUUUGAUACAGAACGAGGUGUCAGUUGUUGCGGUGCAUUCCAUGGCGGGUGGAGGUAAAACUACUCUUGCACGGGCUGUCUGCAAUGACAAUAAAAUUAGAGAAUACUUCGACAACAAUGUAAUUUUCAUCACUGUCUCAAAGUCUCCAAACCUAAAGGGAAUUUUUGGGACUAUAUGGAAGAACCUUGCUGGAAGGAAGACACAAGAAUUUCAGAAUUUGGAAGAUGAGCACAUGCAGAUGAAGAAAUUGAUUUCAAGGCACAUGAAGCGAACACUGGUGAUUCUGGAUGAUGUUUGGUCCAGAGAAGAUUUAGAAUAUUUACUAUUUGAAGGGCCAGGAUUCAAAACUCUUAUAACAUCCAGAGACAAAUCUAUUAUCCCUUCAACCCUGUCUACUCAAGUUUAUCAAUUGCCAUUGUUAUGCCACGAGGAUGCAUUGCCACUGUUCUGCUUCUGGGCUUUUGGACAGACAUCAAUUCCAAGCACUGCAAAUGCAAAUAUGGUGAAGGAGCUCCUGGUAGAAUGUGGUGGCCUGCCACUUGCCCUAAAGGUGAUCGGAAGCUCUUUGUAUGGAAAACCACACGAGGCUUGGGAGACGGCAAGGGAAAGCUUUUCUAAAGGAGAAAGCAUUUCAGAUUAUAACAAAAAAGGACUAAUUAGAUUAUUGGAGAUUACUGUUGAUUCCUUGGAUAAUGUUGCCAAAGAAUGCUUCCAAGACUUGAGUUUAUUUCCAGAGGACAGGAAAAUCUGUGCUGAUGCACUGUUGGACAUUUGGGUUUAUGUUCGGGAUCUCCAGUGGCAUAAUGCAUUUUCCAUCUUGUUAGACCUUGCAAGCAAAAAUCUUCUGAAUUUGACUAGCACUUCAGGGAGCAGAAGAACAAUCUCAAAUAGAAAUACCUCAGAGCUAUACUUUUCCCAGAAUAAUGUAAUCCGAGAAUUGGCCUUGCGUUUGGAAUGCCAAGGCAGUGUAGGCCACAAGAAGAGGUUGUUGCUGCCUAGAAAGGAGCAGAGUUCGUCACAGAAAAGGGAGUUACUUAAUGGCACAGAAUUUGAUGUUCAACUUCUCUCUAUUCACACAGGCCAUAUGGAGGAGAACUACUGGGAAGAGAUGAAUUUCCCCGAGGCAGAGGCUCUCCUAUUACACUUCACUUCAACUGAAUGCUUUCUUCCCCCAUUUCUGGAAUCCAUGAAGAAUCUAAAAUGUCUCAUGGUAUUCAAUUACAGUACAAAGAGGGGAACACUAAAAGGUCUGGAUAUCUUAUCUGGUCUCCCUCACGUCAAAAGUGUCCGCUUGCAGAGGUUGAUUAUUCUCCCUACUCAGAAAGAAAGCAAAUCACUACCAAACAUAGAGAAACUAUCUUUAAGCUUAUGCGAAGGGUUUGAGUAUACAUCAACAUUCAAUAACGUAAACUUGAGAGAUUUUAGGUUGGACCACUGCAGUCAUUUGGAGGAGGUGCCCCUUAGUUUCUGUUACAUGCCCUCUGCUCAGAUGUGGUCUAUCACCAAUUGCCACCUGAUUCAGAAAUUACCCUAUGACCUUGGGAAUCUAAGCUCUCUGAAAAUGUUAAAGUUGUCGGCAUUGCCAAGCCUAAAAGAGCUUCCAACGUCAAUAGGAAAACUUGGCCAGUUGGAAUCCCUAGACAUUUCAUUCUGUGAGGGGCUGAGAGAACUUCCGAAGGAAAUUGGGCAAUUAAAGAAAUUGAAUGAGUUCGAUAUGAGAGAAUGUUCUCAUUUGACGAGGUUACCAAGAGUUGUUUGUGAACUGAAUUCUCUGAAGCUCGUCAUAUGUGAUGAGAAGGUUUCGAAGCAAUGGUUACGGGCCAAGAACAUUUCUAUUACGGAGCUUAGAAUUGAGAUCGCGGAAGCACACUUCAGUUUGGAGUGGCUCGAUGAUUGAACUUCUUUACUUACCUCCCAUCUUGAAACUCCAGCUCCAGUCAAGUGGAAAAGCAAAAUUCUGUUUAGGCUCCUCUAUAUGUUCAGCUUAUAAUUAUGAUCAAUCUUUGUUGCAUCACUAUUUAUGUAUUCUGCGUCCGAAGGAAUUUAUUUGUUUCGUAAAAGGCCAGGAAGUGGGUAUCUGUAAGUUCGUAGAAGGUGUCUUGAGUGCAAUUAUAUCUAGUACAUUUUAUAUUGCUAGAAUAAAGAGAAACAAUUUGUUUCGUAAAAGGCCAGGAAGUGGGUAUCUGUAAGUUCGUAGAAGGUGUCUUGAGUGCAAUUAUAUCUAGUACAUUUUAUAUUGUUAGAAUAAAGAGAAACAGCAAUGUAUGGAAAAAUAUACGGAUGUGU